AAAUAAAAUAUAUAAUAAAUAUUUUUUAGUGUUUGUGUGCAUUCGAGCUUAACACCUUGUUGGCCACCCUUGGAGUUUUCAUUUCAUUUGUUUUCUUGCGGUCGUAAUGUCGGAGAAAAACGUUUUUGCCCGCAUUCAUUCGAGCCUUUUAAGCCGUUUAGGCAGGAUCUGAAGGAAUAGACGAAAAACGAACCCCUUUUUGGCUUAGCUUGCGGGACUUAAAGUAUGGGUUUCCGUUUCAAACUUUCGGGGGAUGGUCAAGUGAUUCAUAAAUAGGCGGAAAAGUUAUGGCCACAGUGGGCUCUUCUACAAGUGAACUUAAUCUCGCCACACCACCACUACUCAAGAAAAGAACAAUAAUCAAAGACUGUUUUAUUGAUAUAUCAACUGACACAAAUUAAUAAAGUGCUUAAAUCGAUCGCAAUUGCAAAGUGUUCAAAAUUCUUAGGCCUAAUACCUACAAAAAAUAUAUAUACCCACAUAAUAAAACACGUUGAAAAUUUGGCCCCCAAAAUCGAUUCACCGAAAUCGCAUUCUAAAUGUUCGACUGGAUUGAAUUUAACAAAGAAGCGUAGACGAAAUACGAAUGCAAAUUAGAUGCAAAAUAAAUGGGUAAAAUGAGGUCAAGUAAAUACGAUGUUACCACAGCUUACGGUCUAUGCCAAGAUUAUUUACCUCCUGAUGGUGGUGAUUUCAGGUGCAUUAUGUACAGUAGAAGAUUACGUAAUAAUGUCACAGUGUGCACACAACAAAGCCAUACACCUAGCUGCGGAAGGAACAGUCUCAGUGACAGACACUUCACAGAUACAAAAUAUAACGAUAGUCGGCUUCCCGGAUUAUCUGAACAACGAAUUCAAAAUAGCACUGUACGCAAAAGAAACUCAAAGAUAUUUGUGUUUCAACGACAAUUGGAGAUUAGUUGGCAUGAGGGAACUGCGAGAUACCUGCUAUUUCAACGAGACCAUCGUGCACGGUUAUUUCGUGUUCCGUGCCGUUGUCGAUCUGCAGCGACGUGUCGGGUUCACGCACCGAGGUAAGCCUGUGGGGCCCAAGAAGAGCGUCAACGAUGCCUGCUACAUGUUCAAUAAGAUCGAGGCCGAGCAGUUUUUCCGCCAUCACCAUAAUAAUAAUGGCAAUAGUGGCAUGGGCAGUGGCAACAGCAACAACAACAAUGGCAGCAGCAACAUACGGAAGCCCCCGCGCAACAACAAAAACAAUCGCCACAAAUCGAAUAACCAAAAUCAAAAGUUGCAACAGCAACAGGAGCAUCAUGGCCAUAAUAAUAAUAACGUUAUUCUUAAUAAUAGUAGUACUAGUUUAAGUAGCACUAACAAAAAGCAAUUAGCGAUAAACCGGCAGAAGCAGCAGCAACAGCAGCAGCAACAUCAGGUGCGACAUCAUCACAAUGAUCCAUCGCUGCUGCUGAGACGACAGCAACACGAGAAGAAGCAGAAGCGGCGCAAGCAACAGAAGCAACAGCAACACCAACAGCAACAGCAACAACAACGAGUAUCAGCUAGUCCAUCGAAACGAAUGCCUGCAACAGCAACAGCAACAACAACGGCAACUAUUGCAACCACAUCUACGACAGCAGCAACAGCAACAACAUUGAGCAGCAAACGCAAGGGCCGGCGAAGAAAGGUCAAGGGCAAACCAAAAUCACAGCAGCAACUGCUUGCCACAGCAGCAACAUCACCGUACACCGACGACUCCCUCUACAGCAGCAGCAGCAGUAGCAGCACGGGUUUCGAGGAUUUGGAUACCUACAACAGCAGUAGCAGCAGCAGCAGCUCCAGUUUGGAGCCCUGGUCCACUUGGUCCACGAUCGACAGCUUUAGCAGCAGCAGCACAACAGCAACAUCUGACGACAGUAUUAGCAGCAGCAGCAGCAGCAGCAGCAACUACGAUGCCUGGGCCACGUACAUCACCGAAAUGGAGGCCGAGGCAUCGGCCAUGACGCCCGAGAUGAGCGGCAACGACACCGAGUUGCUGCAAUACGAGGCCGAAAUGGUGGACGAUUCGGAGGCGGAGUCCACGGCGACAUAUGAAACCAAAGCAACAUCAGCAAUAGCGGCAACGGCGGCCACAACUACCUCGACAGCGGGCUCGCCGUUGGUGAUAGAACAGACGCCGAUGGCCAGGAGCAACAGAAGGAACAGCAGCAUCAUCGGCGGCAGCAGCAGUACGCGGGCAACACCAACGGCAACCAGUCAGACUGAAAAAAUGCAGAACACGCAGCAGCCAAGCAGGCAUCGCAGCAACAGCAGGGAAAAUCCCUCGGUAGACACGGACAAUUCCGAGAUGUUGCUGGCGGCUGAGAAUGAGGUGAAGCCACAGCAGCCACGCAAGUUGCUCUGGACCCCGCAACCGCCCGCUGAAACACGCGACAGCACGCGAGCAACAUCUAUGACAACACCCAUUCAGCAACUAUCUAGCACGGCAGCAACAUCGGCCACGACACCCCAGCAACAUGUUGCUCCUUCACUCUUCAGCGUGGACAAGAACAUCAACAGCAACCUGAACAACACGCUUACAGAGGCAUCGCCGACGGCAGCAGCAACAACCGGCGUUACGGCAGCAACAACCAUGAAGAGACCGGUGCGCAAGUUCACCCAGAAGCUGAUGGCCACGCCCUAUCACCAGUUGACCUAUGUGCGAAAUGCGGGCGGAGACAUUGAUAUCGACAACCUGGACAACAUCAGUGUGUAUCCCGUGGUCUACAAUGGCGAUCUGGAGGGGAUCGGAGGCGGCAACAGCUCUGACGGUGGCUUCAGCGGAUUCCUGCCCACCUCGACCACUUCCCAUCUGACGGAACCGAUUCGCAUCGGCAUGAACAGGAUCAGGCCGAACAGAACACUGCACUGGUUCACUCACCAGAGAUUUGCGUAGUAGUUAGGGACUGUCAGGCUUUGGCUAUUAAAUGUUUAAAAACAGGUCUGUCACGGUUUUCACUUUUAAAGAUUUCUUUAUUAAUAUUUCAUUUUCCAAAUUUACAUCAAGUAAUUGUACGUUCUCAAAGAGGUUUUAGUUUUAUGUAAAAGCAAGAAAGAUUUCUUUAGAGAAGCCUAUUGCUCAACAAGCAUAAUAAAUGAUGGAAAUUAAAAGCAAGCCAAAACCAUUUUCACUUUAGAUAGAUAUAUCUGGAACUCAUGUAAAAACAUCUACAAUUUUUAUGAUUGAAAACUUUUGCUUUGUUUAAAGAGGAUAACUGUCAAACUUGAAGAUUUCAUCAAUGUACACUUAAUCUCUAAAUUUUUCUUUAUAUUAAAAAAUUUCGUAACUGAAAUAAAUUUGUAGACUUUAAAAGUGAAACCCGUAGCAUUCCUGCAAAAGAGAAACAAACCUAUACUCAGUACUCAGUUUUGAAAAGAAUUUAGGAAGAAACCAAGCGAAGAGCAAAAAUUAAUGCAUAAAUAUUUCAAAUUUAUAAUGAACUGAUACAUAUAUAUAAACAUAUAUAGAACUCGAUAUACAAAGGAGUUGCUUACUGUUCAGUACCUCGACUCAGACAGGACUUUGCACUUGCACCACGCCUAAAAGCACACUACAGAAGCGAUACCGAUGGCGGAAAGGCGAAAAGCGGAAGCGGAAGUGGAAUGGAAGCGGAAGCGGAAGCUGGCGCAGAACCGAUAACGAUAACUCAGGCCGCACUUCAUCCAGUAGCGAGUACAGUGAAGACUCCACCAACUGCACUCGGGAGGCCGCAGGCAACGAACUCGCAGAACUGCUACAUAGUUAUAAAUGAAAAGACAAUAAGAUUUUUAUUUACGAGUAUGUGCUAUAUAAACUAACUUAACGAUGAACCGAAGCGAUAGCGAUAAUCGAUAACAAAAUGCUAAAAUUGUUGAAAUGGAAAUUAUGAAAGCGCGACAUUCUAGUGCAAGCAAAUAAACGUUUCGAAUGCACUGAAAAAGCGUAGCGAACUUUUGAUUUACUAAAUCAAUUAAAUAUAUUAGCAAUGAGAAUUAAUAAAUACAAAUGCAAACAAAAAUCGAUAUAUAUUAUAUACAUAUAUGCAUAUAUUUUCAAAAUUUUAUAACGAACCAAAAACCAAUUAGCAAACAAAUUUAACAAAACGAACGGGAAACGAAUAAAGAAGUUUUUUAAAUUCAUACGCAAGCAGAAAUAAGAGUCGGUAACGAUAACGAUAACAAAUUCGCACAGCAAAACACUUCCAAAAAAUGAAAGGUUAAAACUAAAUAUUAAACAAUUUUACUAGGCACAAGCGAACGAAAUUGGGCUAGAUAAACGAAAAAAUAACUCCAUUCAAAAUAAACCGAAUUUUUUAAGCAAAUACAAAAAAAUUGUUGAAAUGGUCAGCAUGGAAAUUUUAGGACACAGUUUGUGGGCAAUAUUCAAUUCGAGGGAGAAUGGAAUUUUAAAGAACUACUAGCGUAUGUAUCCAGAUAUGUACUGCAACCAAACACCAAAUUUCACACUGAAUAAGCAACGUUAUAUUUAUUAAUUGAACGAAAACUAAGAAACUAAAACUACAAAUCGAAUCAAAAUAACAGCAAAAAGAAACCAACUGCUGCUUUUCUACAUACGAAUAUAUAUAUAUAUAUAUUAUAUAUAUAUAGACACAUAUUGGCAUAUGUGAACGAAUAUGGAAAAAGAUAUGCAAAAAUUGUUUCUCAUAUAUUUAUAUUAAUAUUUAAAAUAAAUAGUUCAAACAUAUUAGCAAACCAAAUAUGCGAAAUUAAAACAAUUUGAAGGGAAAUGCGUAAACACAGAAACAGAAAACUGAAAAGUCAAGUUUAUAUGUAGAGAUAUGUAUGAAUGUAAAUUUAAAGUGAACAAAGAAAACCCAAACAAAAAGAAGUUAAAGCAAGAUGCUUAGGUGAAAAUUUAAUUAGUGUGUACUUAAGACAAGAAACCAUUUAACAAUUGAACGAUUAAUUAUUAACUUAACUAGGCAUUGAAGCAGCACUCAACUAAACAAAAACCGAAAACGAAAACGAUACUGAAACCGAUACUGAAACCGAUACCGAAACGAAGCCGAAACACACACAACUCGAAUUGAACUACUGUACUUAUACGUAUGCGCGUUGCUGUAAUAUAAACAAAAUUCUUAUGUUGAAACGACGGCCUAUUGGAGAACUCGAUUAAUCGAUGACUAUAUCUAGCGCAGCAGAAACUAUUUAUUUAAACCUAUAUCGAAGCGAAUCGAGUCGAUUGGAGUGGAGCGGGAACCGACUGUCAUUUGUCAUUUGUAAAUUCAUUUGCACUUUUCUUUCUACUAAUUACGUUUAAUUAAUUAAUUAAUCAUACGCCUAAGUUAACACUUCUACCAUUGUACAUUGUAAUAUGUUUUAUUCCUAAGCCGAGCAUUAAAUGUAAUUAUUUAUGUAUAAAAGCAAAAUGAUUCUUUCGUCUAUGUAUAACACCUCUCAUCCACUCUCUCUCUCUCUCUGUCUCUUCAAAUCUGUCUCCCCUCCCUUACUCUAUUAAUCUCUAUCUUAUAUAUACGAAUAUAUAAACGACUAUUUAAUUGCAUUUCUUUGUAUUAUAACGAGUAACAACACACUAGAAAUUGAAUAAAAAGCCUCAACAAAAUAUUCAACACUUUUCAUUUCUCUUAUUAGUUCUCUUCGUUUUCAAUCCUUCAAAAAAAUGCU